AACCAACUACUGCUCCACUUGAUCCCAUACUCCCCAUCAUUAUAAAAUAAAACGAAAUUUCUCUCUUUCUUCUUUACCGUUGCAUUUGCUCUUACACACACACUGACACACACAGUACAGCAUCACUCAGAGAUGGUGGAUUCCAAUUAAAUGAGCAUUGCAGCAGUUUACCUACCAAUUUGACCUUCUUCCUUCUUUCUCGCUUUAGAUUCUUCAUUAAUGGCGAUGGCAAUUCGAUGCAUGUCUCGUUGCAGUCAUAUAACUCAUGAAGAAGAGAUUAAUCAAUCAAAUGCUCUGAUCCAGAAGGACCUUGGUUCCUAGUUUUUGUAGUCCCCGCCGAAAAUAGCAUCUGAAAAGCUUCGAGGCCACAUACAUUAAAUUUAAAUAUAGAUAAUAGUCCAUUGAAGAUGGUGUUAUUGAGGAGAAGACUCGCUUGUUGUACGUGGACCAGAGAAAUCAGCAAUAGCAUCGAUUUUGAUCAAACACCAAACGGAAUUAUGACAUACAAUGGACUUGAAAGCUGCAUUCUUAAUGCUAAUUCAUGCGAGGAUGAAAGUGUUGCAAGUAGAGGAGAUGAAUGUCCAACUAUUGACUCUCUUGAUGAAGAAGAUGAUUCAAGUUGUUCUUCUAGCAACAAUGCUUCAGGAGGAUCCUUUUCUUCUCAGUGGACAAUCAUGAAAAGGGAUGAACAUGAACAUGAACAACAACCAGACGAAUGGGAGUACUCAGAAAGUGUCAAAAAAGAAAAAGUGUCAACAAAACCACAAAUCUCUGAUGUGGAAAUAAUGAAAGAAAAAUUCGCAAAGCUCUUGUUGGGUGAAGAUACUACCGGAGGGCGAAAGGGUCAUUCCUCCGCUUUGGCUCUGUCCAAUUCCAUAACAAAACUCGCUGGAAGUGUAUUUGGGGAGCUAUGGAAACUAGAGGCAUUGGGAGAUGAGAGAAAGAGCAAGUGGAGAAGAGAAAUGGAGUGGUUGCUUGCACCUACUAACUAUAUGGUUGAGUUGGUUCCCGCUAAGCAAUAUGGUGCCAAUGGCCGGACUCUAGAGAUAAUGAGACCAAAAGCUCGUGGGGACAUUCACAUGAAUCUCCCAGCACUACGGAAGUUAGACUCCAUGCUUCUUGAAACUUUAGACUCAAUGAAACAUUCAGAGUUUUGGUAUGAGGAAGGAGGUGUCCAUCUCCAAGCAGACAAAAGGAACAACAGAGGGUGGCUUCCUGUCCCACAAGUACCCGUAAAUGGGCUCUCUGAUGGUGAAAGGAAGAAGCUUCUCAAUCAGGCGAAAUUAGUCCACCAAAUUUUCAAAGCUGCCAAAUCUAUAAAUGAAACCAUCUUAAUCGAAAUGCCUAUUCCAAAAAUCAUUGGAGACGCACUUCCCAAGUCUGGAAAGGCGAGUCUUGGUGAUGAUCUUUAUAAAACACUGAAUACAAUCUCUUCUUCAGCCAUCGGGAUGCUGAACUUGCUAAACUUAAAAUCUGAACAGGCUGCUCUUGAGACUAUUAAUAGACUAGAAACAGCGAUAUAUGCCUGGAAAGAAAAAAUCAUGGAACAAACCAGUGCAUCAAAAUCACCAGCAAGAGCAAGAACAUCAUGGUCCUUAAAGGAUCCAUCAAUGGAGCUUGAUAAGAUGGAGUUCUUGAUAAACCGAGCUGAAGUUCUUUUGCAGCAAAUCAGAAUCAGAUACCCCAACCUUCCUCAAACAUUUCUUGAUGUCAUGAAAAUCCAAUAUGGCAAGGAUAUUGGACAUGCGAUUUUGGAAGCAUAUUCUCGUGUUCUUGGAAACUUGGCAUUCAACAUACUGACUAGAAUCGGAGACAUUGCUCAACAAGAUGUAUUGAUCGAUCCCAAUUCGCUAUUAAUUGCAACAAAUACCCUUCCAGUUCCAGGGAUAAAAAAUGUGUCAGAUAGAGCCACAGGGGAAAUUCAGUUUGUUAAAAGCUGA